AUGCUUUGUUUUCCAGUCAAUAUUCCCAAAACAACAAAAGGAUAUCUUUCUAUGAUGUUGCGCCGUGUGUUUUGUCUUUUGACUUUGCUGCUAAGUGUGGCAUGUGUUUCUGCGGUGGUUGAAGGGACUACAGCUCAGCUUUCUCAGACUUCCCAGACUACUAUUCCUGGGGCACCAGCAGCACCUUCACUUGGUCAGUCUUCUCAGUCUCUUCAGCCUCCUGGUACUGGUGCUCUUCCUUUGCAUCCUCAGUCUCCUGGUACUGUUUCUGCACCUCCUUCUGGCGUACCUUUUCAACCAUUACCACCACAAUUACCACUGCCACUACCAGGAAGUGGUGGUGAUGAUGCUUGUGCUAAUGGUGGUUCUUUUGAAGAGCUUUUGAAAUGUCUUCAUAAACAUGAGGGAACUAAUCCUUCUGCAGCUGGGAAUGGUACUGCCGCACCUCCUGUUUCUCAUCCCCUAAAGCCUGGAAAUGGUGUGGUUGGAACUGGAGAUGGUACUUCACAAGAUCCCGAACAGAGUGAGCCCAGCAAUGCAACGGCGGAAAAUACAUCUAACCGGGAAAGUUCAGGCACAGAAUCCUCUUCUUCAACAUCUGCUGAAACUCCUGCCACACCUUCACAGAACAAUGGGGAGUCAAAAGAACCUGAAACUGAAAAUGCUAGGAAUGAAAGUACAUCUUCAGAGGGUAAUUCAUCAAGCAGCCAAGGUGAUUUGAGAAAUGCAGACACCAACACCAACACCACCAAUUCAAUUCCUCCUGUACCUGCAGGGAACAAAAUACCAAAUUUAAUGGUUGAUGCAGACAGCAGCAGUAUGAGUUCUGUGUGGAUGCGUGUGCCACUACUGAUUGUGGUAGCACUGGCCUGUAUUCUUGUGUGCUAA